AUGAACUUGAAACGUGUCAAAGAUUCAUGUCUAGCUCUUGGGGUUGAAGAUGGUACUAUCCACUCAGACCAGCUCACAGCAUCUAGCGAACGCACUAGCUAUUAUAAAGCUUAUCGAGGACGACUUAACACAGUACCAGAUGCAGGAGGCGCGGGAGCCUGGGCAGCAAAGUAUAUCAACCAGAAUCAGUGGAUUGAAGCCGAUCUUGGUGCUAUAAAAGGCGUGAUUGGAGUAAUAACACAAGGACGCAGCAAUGUCAAUCAAUGGGUUAAAACAUACAAAGUAUAUUACAGUACCGAUGGUAAAAAUUUUACAUCAGUAUUGGGAUCGAGUGGCCAAGAUGAGACUUUUAAUGCUAACUAUGAUCAAAACACCGAGGUGACAAACAUAUUCAAUUCUGUUGUCUACGCUCAGUUCAUACGUAUCAAUCCAAUUAGCUGGUAUGUGUACAUCAGUUUAAGAUUUGAGCUUCUUGGCAUAGCUCCACUGGAUAUAACAAUGUUCUCCGCAAUUCCACUGAUAUCGUCCAACAAUGAAAAUGAAUUUCGUGGAUACGCUAUCAACAACUGCAAAACAACGAAUUUAACAAUCGGGAUAUUGUACAAGAAUGUGGAUGGCAGGAAUAAUGUAACCUGGGCUGAUACUGGACAUUCUGACAACACCAAUGGAAAUACAAGUGACAAUUUAGUGAACAUGCCAGAUAAUAACAUAUUUAACACUAGAAGCCAAAUAUCAUACGGAGUACAUACAGAUUUUGUAUAUCUCGGUGUUAAAAAUUUACCAAACUCUUACAGUGACGGUGUGUUUUCGUUAGAAGCAACAAAAUCUGCUAUUGUUUCCAGGUCUGCAAUUGUUGUGACGUCAGCAUUGGACUCCCGACCAAAGGAAUAUUUCCCACGAUUAGAUCAUAAUGGAUUAUUCAUUCACAACGCUGUAACAAACCCUUUAAAAUAUGGACAGUCAAUCCACACUUUAGUUGAAGGCACCACACUUUCAGUACCACUACAACCUAGCCUAGGCUUGAAUUCAUACAGAUGA